AUGAAUGAUCGCUUCAAAGAGGAGGACAUCCUGCCUAUAACACGCAAAGAGAAGAUCGGAGAAGGGGGAAGCGCCAUCAUCUACAAAAUUGUGGUUGACGAAAACUACAAUUCGCUACGACCGCGUGGUCAUGUCAUACCGGUAUGCUCGGCUCCUCUACCCAAUAGACUCGCAGUCAGCUGA